CACUUCUCUGCUGCUCAGUUUGUGGCUUGCCUCUGUGUUGGCUGUCGAUGAAGCGCUUGGGAGGGCUUACCAGACCCUGGUACACAAGAAUUACCGCGGAAACCAUGCAAAUGGGACACUUACCGCACUGGAAAUCAAUGUUGAAAGGCGUUCGCUGCUGCUGAGAGAGAUUCUCGGGCAUGAGGCUCUUAUUGGGAUCGCCUUCCCACCAGCACCGACCGGUCCCGAGUCUUUAUCUGCUCUUCAAGUCUCAUUCUCCCUUUCAAGUGAGUGUCUCUCACUAGUAAAUGAAAGGAUGGGUCACUCUCUGUCCACUGUAUAUAUCGGUCGAUACGCAUCGCAUCAGCGAGUCCGACCAACCCGACCGCGGACCGGAGUGUGUAUAGCCACCAGCCUGUCUCGUUUGUGGAAUUGAGUAACAGAGCCGGCCCAUUGGACGAUGCAAAGCUAGCCAAAAGGUGAGACAGGGAGACAUGACAUGAGCCAAAGAUCCUUCCUUCGUAUCAUCCUUUUGUCUAUGCAUCAUCCAUACAGGAAUGUUCUCGUUGGUAUGCCGUUCGGUGCGAUGUGCGAGACAUGGAAGCGUUAUGGCCGCAACCUCAUGCCAGCCGCACACAAAUGGCGUAUAUGGGGCCCCGGCUGCUGCGAUCCAACCAACUGUUGGAAGGGGCGUGACGUGGCUAACAAGCGCGCCCUGUGUUCUCACCGCUUAUACGGUGAUGGGACUCAUGUUGCCAUCGAGAGUGGGGAGUUUCAAUGGAGCGCCACGGCGGAUGGACGGCCCUUUAAUGUGACUACCAAGGACUCAAGUGUGGCUUAUGCUAUGUGUGUGGGCGGCAAAUGGCACGUCCCUUCAGUAUAG